GUUGAGGCUAGACCUGCCAUAGACCAGUGUACACAGCAAGAUGUCUGGAACAAGGGUAGCAGUGAGCAGAGUGAGAUAGACUCCAAGCGUCACCGUCACUCAGAUCGGGACAUCACACGUAAUGGCGGUCAGCACAAGAAUGCACAGAAGAUGUCCUCCAACUCCUCCUUCCCUGGGUCGCUGGCAGGUGGGGGACCCCUGCAGUCUCCACGUCACAGUGCGAGUAGUGGUGUGUUGCCUGACCUACUUCCGCAGCACACGCCCCCACAGUCAAGGUCACCACAGAAUGUUGUAGGUCAGAGGCCUCAGGACAAGACCACGUCAGACGAGUUCCAUCGACUGGCUGUCGACCCAAAGUACCGCCAGGCGGUCAGCAAGACGCCCUCCAUGCGCCAUCAACGCUCCUUCUCUGCGUUUGGUUUUGGGGCGAGUAGCGGCUCCACAGUGGGCUCACAGUCCAGCCAGUCCUCGCGGCGUGGCUCUCAGAUCAAUGUAAACGUGGCCCCUACCCAGACCCACGAGUCUGUGUCCGAUACACCGGAGAUACGGAAGUACAGGAAGCGGUUCCAUUCAGACAUCUUGUGUGCUUCGCUUUGGGGUGUGAACCUCCUCAUUGGCACAGACAGUAGUCUCAUGUUACUGGACCGCAGCGGACAGGGAAAAGUGUACUCGCUGAUCAGUCGACGCCGGUUCUCCCAGAUGGAGGUGCUUGAGAACCAGAACAUCCUGGUUACCAUCAGUGGCAAGAAAAACAAGAUCAGGGUCUACUAUCUGUCAUGGCUGAAAUCCAAAAUAUUCAAAUCUGAAGUGAAUGACAAGCGCAAUGGCUGGGUCAAUGUGGGGGAACUGGAGGGCUGUGUGCACUUCAAGAUAGAUGACAAAGUGACAAGACCUUACGUGAAGUAUGAGAAGAUCAAAUUCCUUGUGAUUGCCCUAAAGGAGAGUAUAGAGAUCUACGCUUGGGCACCAAAACCUUACCACAAGUUCAUGGCCUUCAAGUCUUUCGGUGACCUGGCCCAGAAACCCCAGAUUGUUGACCUCACAGUUGAGGAAGGUCAAAGGUUAAAGGUCCUGUAUGGGUCAAAGUACGGGUUCCAUGCCGUGGAUGUGGACACAGCCUCUGUGUAUGACCUGUACAUUCCACAGCAUACACAUGGACCGAUUGUUCCUCACUCAAUUGUUAUACUGCCAAACACCAAUGGAAUGCAGUUGCUUUUAUGCUAUGACAAUGAGGGAGUGUAUAUUGAUUCCAAUGGCAAGGUCACGAAGAAUGUAGUUCUACAGUGGGGGGAACUGCCAACAUCUGUUGCAUACAUCGGUACAGGUCAGAUCAUGGGGUGGGGUAACAAGGCGAUUGAAAUCCGUGCUGUAGAGACUGGUCACCUAGAUGGUGUCUUCAUGCACAAAAAGGCUCAAAAGUUAAAAUUCCUGUGUGAGAGAAAUGACAAGGUAUUUUUCUCUUCAAUGCGUUCAGGAUCGUCUUGCCAGAUAUACUUCAUGACAUUAAGCAGACCUGGCUUAGCCAAUUGGUGAUGUGGUCAUGAACAGACUAUGACAAUUCAGCCAAUCAGAAAGCUUCUUACAUAUGUGCAAUGUUUAGAGAGAUAUUUGACAAUUGUUGGUGCAAUCAAAUGAAUUGAACAAUAAAAAGCAAGAGACGGUACAGAAAUCAGUAGUUUGUGUUUUUGAGGGUCUGACAUGGAGAGCAUUGUUGAAUGAUGUGCUAGAUGUGGUCUUAAUCAGGCUUUAGCAAUUUUAAGUAUUUCAUUGGCUGUUUCCAUGGAGCUACUCAUUUUAUGUUAGAAUACUAAAUGAUAAUCAAUUGUAUUUCCAGUUGAAUUGUUUUAUUUACUAACUGUGCAAAUGUUUGUAUUCGAUUGCAGUUGUAACUGAUUGGUAAUGCAUUUGAUCAGCUGCAUUUAUAUUUUCUGGAUUUGAAUAACAUUAGUUAUCUAAUAUUGAAAAUCAUAUUUCAAGAUUUCAAGUGUUAGCUCAAAUAUGUAGUUAUCCUUGUUGAGAAAUAUGUUAAAUAAUUGUAUAAUGUAACAAAAUAAUAUAAUUAUAUUAACAGUGUUAAAAGUGUAUUGUGUACAUGCGUUAACUUAUGCAUUCAACAGUUGUAUAGAAUUAGUUAGUGAACAGGUUACUUUAUAACAAAACCACAAGUGCAAAGUGCAAGAGAGCUCAACAUGAUUUUAUAGCAAGUAAGGAGAUGUAUUAUAUGUUGUUGCUUUGCAACAAUUCUUUUAUCUUAUCAGGGGCAUUAGGCAUGAACAUAUGUUUUAUGUUGUCUGACCUGCAUUGUCUGACCAAUAGAUAGCCUUGCUUUAUUCAAAUUGACCAAUCAGCAUCAGUGUAGCUCUGAUGUGAUACCAUAUGAGAUUGACCAAUGAAAACAGGGUUUACAGAUUGUAAACCAACAAAUGAAUAAGUGAAAGUGUUUUAGUUUGUAUAGGUAUGAUUUGAUUUGCAAUUGUUCAUUUGCAUUGUACUCUAUGCAACUGAUUUAUUUGAUGCAUAAUCAUAUUCAAUACAGCUGUGUUUUAACAUUAAAACAAUACCUUAGUAAAUGCCAAUUUUUUAUUUGUGAAGGCUUCCAUAAUUUUAUGAAUUUCUAUUCUAAAUGUAGGUUGAUUAAAGAAAGGAGAAUUUUUCUAUUUAAACAAAAAAACUCCUCGGUUUCAAGUGCUACCGUCUGGGCCAAAUUUAUUGUCAAGAGUUUGUCUGUAAUAAAAUUUUGUUUUGGGGAAUUGACACAUCUUGUGAUAGUUGUAGUUUUAUUUGAUCGUUUAUCAAAAGUGAAUAAAUACAACAGCGCUACCAUUUGUUCACUCAGCUAUUUCCAAGUUUGAAAUGGUUGUUUCCUUGCAAAUGAGGUUUGGUUAUUUCAGUUUAAAAAAAUACAUUUUGUUCUAAAUGGCUGUUAGUGUAAUUGCUUAACAUUUUUUCCAGCGCUAUUUUUUUCUUUAAUUAAAAUAGCAUGACAAUAUGUAUUGAAUAAGCUCACAUAUAUUUGAAGCUUUUCUUGUAUUGUUAUUUUAUGUAAUCCUCCUUACUUAAGAUGGUUCUUUAUUAAAGCAAUAACUGAAUAAUCAUCAUGUUGUUAUGCCUAAUCUGGAAAUAGGUAAAAACCAUUUGACUUACAAAACAAUAUCCUUGUUUUUGGAUCCCAAUUCUGCCUUUAAAUCUGCCAAUAUGUAACUUCCAUUUGACAUAUAAAACAAACGCUUUUUUGCGAUGCAUUAUAAUGUGGCCUGUCUUGUACAUGUUUUCAAUGCGCAGUCUCGCGUUUGUCCUCUAGUCACUUUGCUUGUAUAUUAUGCUGGCUAUUUAAUUAUGUGUUAACCUUGUAGUUGUUUUCUUUUUUCCAUGUAACAAUUUUAUCCCUGGAUAUUUAGUUCAGUGUACAAUUUACACGUCUUACAAUUUUAAUACUCUUUUUUUUUAGUUGUUAAUUUCUCCUUGUAUGGCAUGAUUAAUUCAAAUGUUGGUCAUUUUCAUUUAUAGUAGUAUAUCAAUGACUUUAAAUCUAUACAUAGUAUACAAUAUUAACUCAAACAUGUGCAAAUGUGAAAGAAGUACAAAAUCCUAUUUAAAAAUUAUACACAUUGUCCUUUCAUUUUCAAAUUACCAUGUUUGUAAUGUUUGCUUCUUUACAAGAUUUAAUUACUUCGCUUUUUUUAAAAUGAGUAUCAAAAUGGUUUGAAAAAGGUCAAUCAUUGAUAUUGUAAAUGAAAUCUGCAAAGAAUAACGAUAUUAAAAAAAAUGAUUCCAACAAAUAAAGUCUAUUGAAAAAUAUGCUUUGCGUUAAGGGUUUAUUUUGAAUGAGUGCAUAUAUAGAUCAGCAACCCUUUAGUAUAAUUAUACGAAGUACAAUUCACAAAUUCUUUCAACCAAGUUUUCAACAAAGCUAAACAUCCUGAUUAUUGGAAUCUUGUAUGGCUGUUGAGCAUUGUCAAACAGGAAGUUUCUUGUCUGUUCUAUAAGUUUGCAUUGGCCAAUCUUCAAGAACUUUUAAUAUAGCAUGUCUUCAUGGAGAUCUUACAUGGGAUUUAACUUGGGCCGUUGGGUAAACAUGAAGUUCACAGUUACUUACAUAAAAAAGGUUUCAGCUCAAUAACUUCGGUUUCGGUGGAGUUUUAUGCUUAAAUUUUGUGUAGGUAGAUCGGAAGCAGACCUUAAAGUGACUGCACAAUUAUUUAAAUGAAAAUAAAACUUCAAAAGCCUGCUUGCAUAUCAUGACCAUGUUUCUAAUAAUCAUAUAGUGUUUGCCCUAAGCAAGCAAUAGAAAUGUGCACAGAACUCAUUUCUGAUAAAUUCUAUGAAGUGAACAAUUCUUGCCAUGCUUAUGAGAAUACUGACCAUGUCUCCCUAUUUGAUUUGUUAUUGUAUAAACAAUGUAGGUUACUGAUGUGCAUUUUGGUGUAUGUGUGAUUUGUAUAUGGUCCAUUUGUACAAAUCUGUAUGUUUGUAACUUGUAUACAUUUUUUUGAAACUGUUUUUUAUUAAUUUUCAAUUUAUAGCUCACCUGAGCACAUUUUGCCUAUGAUGAGCUUUUGUGAUCACCACUUGUCAUGUUCUGAUUCUUGAGUGGUUUUCAACUUUUAACUUAUAAUUUGUAACAUUUUUGGUCAACACUUGAUAACUAAAUUAAAAAACUAUUAAAAGCUGGUUAACACUUUCUGUCAUAUGUUAUGCCCUAUCUAGAUAAAACUUCUGUCAUAACAUGUAUCAUACUUAUUGCCCAUUGAUUAAACGUGGUCACAGACUUUUCAUACCUUCAGAUACCAAAUCAAAGUUCCAAACUGGGGCAUCAUCAAAAUGAUUCCCCUGACCGUCCCGGUCAUUGGGGGAAAAUGAAGGACGAAGUCACAGACAUCCUCCACCAGACAGAUAUUUUGUAGGCUGCUGAAAGUUACUCAUCCAUGGGGGCUGAAGUCCACUCUUUCACAUUGUUCAGUCAGCUUUUCUUUUGAUGGCCUCGAGUGAAACCUCCUAUCAUGCCCUGGAGCACAGUCUUGAAGUUGAGAAUGCAAACUUCAAAAACUAAAAUUUAUUAACUCUCUAAAUAUCCAGUUAUUGUUAUGUUUUGAUGAUUUCUGACCUAACAUUUUCAAUUUUUCUUUACUUCAUCAAUAUUUUCUUUUUCCUCAUAACAAAGUCUCAGGUGAGCAUCAUAGGGCCCUUAUGGUCUUCUUGCUUAAAAAAUAUGUUUCCAUCAGAAAGCAUGACUAUUGAGCAAACCUCUAUUUUUGUUUAAAUAAGAUCUUCCUUACUUUACAGUUCUAUACACUUUUAAACAUUUUUUUAUCAUUUUGACAAAUUAUUUUAGAGAUAUUUAGAACAGUUAUUUUGUUCAUUAAUGUAGAUCUAGUUGUUUUUAUUUUCUACUUAAAAAUUUAUAAAGAUAUGAACACCUUGUUAAAGUCUUGGUAAAUUGUAAGAAAUAAACUUUGGAGAGACGAUCUCAAAACCUGA